AUGGAGUCUCCUUGUGGAUGCUUCGGCUCUCUCAAGUAUGCUCACAGGGGAUGUGUGCAGAGAUGGUGUGAUGAGAAGGGGAGUACCCUCUGUGAGAUUUGCCUUCAGAGUUUCGAGCCAGGCUACACAUUGCCUCCAAAGAAAACUCCGGUGGUUGAAACGGCGGUCACUAUCAGUGAACAUGAGGACAUGCAAUCUUUGGAAUCUCCGGUGGGCUUGAUUGACGGUGAAGAUUACACCAGGUUCUCCUACACCGCAGAUCAAUGCGCCACAUGGUGCCGGUCGCUGGCGAUCACGUUCACCAUUAUGCUGUUGGCAUGGCAUCUGGUUGCAGUGGUGACGGUUGAAGCAGCAGAUCACUGCGCGUUCAGUCUCCUGACAAUGUACUUACUUCGUGCUGCUGGUAUCCUGCUGCCGCUCUACGUUGUUAUGCGACUGAUUCACAUCGUCCAGAGUGGUCAGAGGCAGUAUCGGUUGCAGCUGCUGGAGGUUGAUGGUGGUGGUAUCAAGGAGAUGAUUUUAAUCUAUCAAGUCCAUAAUUUAGAGGGAAAUUUCAGUAUCAAAAUCCUAAGUCUGUACAAGGACCACAGAAGUACUAAAGAAAGUGAAGGCCCAGCAGAUGCAGUUCAGCAGCAAAGAUUUGAACCAAAUGAACAGUCGGAUCUUGCGCAAAAUUCAGGCCCAGAGUCAUGCCAUUCUCAUUGCUUUUAG